GAAAACAAUGGAGGAUCAACCAUCAGCUUCUUUGAGUCAUUGUCAACCAGAAAAGGGUUCAUGGGGUUUUUGACAUUUAGUGGAGUGCGGUGGAGAAUUGGUGGAGGACCCACGUUGAGAGAAACAAAAGCACAAAGAGUUUUGAGCAUUAAAUUCAAUGCAAUUCGAUAAUUGAAUACAACAGCCUCUUCCAAAAUUGGGUCUGCGUUUUGAUUCCUCCUAUCUUCAAAAAUCUGUCUUUUUUGGUGGCCUUUAAGGAAAAAAGCAAGGUUGAGCGAUUUGCAGGGUGGGAGAAUAUCUUUUCUGGGUCCUCAUAAAAGUCAUAGGUGACCAUGCAUCUUGGGAAUUGGGAAUUUUAUCUGAUCUGGGAUUUAUCAGUUUCUACCACUGUCUCUGCAGAUUCUUAAUCUAUUUAAGGUGUGCCAUGAUUAAAACUUAUUGAUUGAAUUCCUCUAUGCGACAAAUCUCACUUGAUCUGGUUCUUGCUUUGUGAAUGUCAUUGCGUUAACAUUGCGACAAAAAUUCAAUUAACAGGAAAUUUUUUUGCCAGCCCUGGCAAGUAAGACUUCUUGCAUGGGUUGGCUGACUAAGAUUCUUAAAGGUUCUAGUCAUAAAGGGCACUAUCAUGGUAAAUAUGGACAUGAAAGAACAUGGGAUGAGCCUCGAAAUUCAGUGGAGGAAGACAUAGAUUGUGCUAUUGCAUUGUCCCUUUCGGAACUAGAUCAGAAAGGAAAAAGAGUAAUUGAGGAUGAAUCUCAAUCAGAGGAUGAAGAACAACCUGCUAAAUUUGAAUCCGAUGAUGAUGAAUCACCUGCCAAAGUUGAAUCAGAGGAUGAUGAGCCACCUGCUAAAGUUGAAUCAGACCAUGACGAACCACCUGCCAAAAUUUCAUAUGAGGAAGAUGAUCAAAGUGCUAAAAUUCAAUUGGAGGAAGAUGAACAGCUUGCGAUGGCUAUUCAGGAAAGUUUGAAAGUGGAUUCUCCUCCUCGACAUGACACUGGCAGUAUUUUUCGACCAUUUCCAUUCUUCAAUCCAGCUGGUAGCAGGAUAUGUGCUGGCUGUAAACGGGGGAUUGGCCAUGGCCGAUACUUGAGUUGUGUUGGUGCUGUUUGGCAUCCAGAUUGUUUUUGUUGCCAUGCUUGCAAUCUUCCAAUUACUGAUUAUGAGUUUUCUAUGUCUGGGAAUCACCCUUACCACAAAUCCUGCUACAAGGAGAAGCAUCAUCCAAGAUGUGAUGUUUGCAAGAGUUUUAUCCCAACAAACUCAGCUGGUCUUAUCGAGUAUAGGGCACAUCCUUUCUGGCUACAGAAGUACUGCCCCUCUCAUGAGCAUGAUAGGACUCCUCGGUGUUGUAGCUGUGAAAGAAUGGAGCCAAGGGACACAAAAUAUCUGUUACUUGAUGAUGGUCGAAAGCUAUGUCUGGAGUGUCUAGACUCAGCAAUUAUGGAUACUCACGAAUGCCAACCCCUAUACCUUGAAAUACAAGAAUUUUACGAAGGUUUAAAUAUGAAAGUGGAACAGCAAGUUCCAAUGCUCUUGGUGGAGAGACAAGCACUAAACGAGGCCAUGGAGGGAGAAAAGAACGGUCAUCAUCACUUGCCUGAGACUAGAGGACUCUGCUUAUCAGAAGAACAGACUGUUACCACUAUUUUUAGGAGGCCGAAGAUUGGAGCGGGCUACCGGAUGAUAGACAUGAUAACUGAGCCUUAUAGACUGGUUCGUCGCUGCGAAGUGACAGCAAUUCUCGUAUUGUAUGGCCUUCCUAGGUUAUUGACAGGGUCUAUUCUUGCUCAUGAGAUGAUGCAUGCAUGGCUGCGGCUCAAAGGUUAUCCAAAUUUGAGCCCAGAGGUUGAAGAAGGUAUCUGCCAAGUGCUGGCACAUAUGUGGCUGGAUGCAGAGACGUAUUCUGCACCUGGUAGUGAUGUUGGAACAUCAUCGUCGUCUUCCUCUUCUUCCUCAGUGUCCUCUUCUAGUUCGGGACCAUCUAAGAAAGGUAAACGGUCCGACUUUGAGAAGAAACUUGGUGACUUUUUUAAACACCAAAUCGAGUCAGAUUCAUCCACAGCUUAUGGAGAAGGAUUCAGACAAGGUAACCAAGCAGUGCUCAAGUAUGGCCUAAGGAGGACCCUUGACCAUAUUCAAAUCACAGGAAGCUUCCCCUGACUUAUAGAAAGCGAAGAUAUAAAGAGUUGUUACCACAUAAAAUCCAUACCCUGGCAUUGGCAUAUUGAUUUUAUAGGACUAAAAUCCAUAUACAUAUUAAGAGAAAGAGAAAGCAAAAGAAAA